AACAACAGCAACUCCUGUCUCCGCCAGACUCUAGAGUGGCUGCAGGGGAAGACGAGCUGCAAAACCAGGUAGUAGAGGGUGGUGAAGCAAUGGAGGAGGACGUUGAGCAAGAAGGAUACGCUUCGUCGACUCCGACAUCAUCAUUAACAUGGAUUAGCUGGUUCUGUGCUCUUCCUGGCCACGAAUAUUUCUGCGAAGUCAGCGAGGACUUCAUCGAAGAUGACUUCAACUUGACGGGAUUGAACAGCAUGGUGCCAUUUUGGAAAGAGGCAAUGGAGAUGGUCUUGGAUGUCGAACCUGAAGAAGACUCGCUGAAAAUACCGGAUGUGUCGAUUGUCGAGGCCUCUGCCGAGCUCCUCUACGGCUUGGUUCAUCAGAGGUACAUUCUAACUCGAGCUGGUCUACAUGCUAUGGCAGAGAAGUAUGAAGCGGGUCAAUUUGGCACUUGUCCACGCGUUUACUGUCUUUCAUGCCAUAUUGUACCCUGUGGGCGGUCUGAUCUACCUGGAAUUGACACUGUGAAACUAUAUUGCCCGAAUUGUAAUGACAUCUAUACCCCUCCAAGUAGUCGAUACCAGGGCGUUGAUGGUGCAUUCUUUGGCACUACUUUUGCCCAUCUUUUCUUCCAGACGUAUCGUGAAUUCGCUCCUGCACCGUUCUAUACUCCUCCAAAUGCUGGUUCAUCCACUCGAUCACCAACUGGCUCACAAACUUCUUCGACUCAGAACUUUGUCAAUCCCAACCCAUAUGGCGGGCAAAAACCUGCUGCUGGGAAGGUAUACACACCAAAGAUAUAUGGGUUCCGAGUAAGCGAGCGGGCGAAAAGCGGUCCUCGAAUGCGAUGGCUCCGAUUGCGACCGGAGAGCGCAUCUGAACUUGAUCAAGUUGAUUGGCGAGGGAGAUGGAUUACGAGCGAUGAUGAUGGUUAUACUGAUGACGAAGAGGAGAUGGGUCCUUUAGAAGACUUUGAUCCUGACGCUGCUGGCGAGGACGAUGAUGAAGAGGAAGAGGAGGAAGAGGAGGGCGAUGAGAACGCGCCUGCUAUUGGAGGCUCAGGUGUUGUACCAGGCCGAAGACAAGCAAGUGCUGCAUCAUCUUCAGGUGGCCAAAGGACGCUGCGCCCACCCACACCUAUUCACGGAUCUGUAGCUUCAUCGCCACCAGCUUCGUCAUCAGUAGCUACGGUUAGCCCUCAGGCGACAUCGAGAACAAGACAAGAGCCUAUUCAGCAGUCUACUCCCCUUUCUUAUGGAAAGUCGCUCAGUGGGCUCGGUGGAGGGCAACGGGUAAAGGUCGUGCGAAGUGUACCUCACGCUUAGUGGAGAUUAGAGUAUUUUUUUAACAUUUGCAAUUUCCGACUUGCUUUCUGUUUGUUUGUGCUCCAUCCUUACUGUCCCUACACUUCGGGAUUCUUUACUUUGAACACUACGUAAAUGGUA